AUGGACAGAAGACACACUGCAAACCCUUACACCUCUGUCCAGCAGGACACCCGGUCUGAAGAUCCCUUUGUGGCUCCAGACCCCUUCAUGGCUGCUUUCCAGAACAUAGUUCUCGGAAACUCUCACAGGACCGCUCAGCAGAAUGCGCUAUCUGUGAACCCUUUCAUUGCUGCUCAGCAGGCCACAGUGACCAGCAACGUCAACCCUAGCCAGUCUUAUGGUUAUGGCAGUCUCUCUUGCUAUCCAUACGUUUCCCUGUACCCUGAUCAGACUCAAAUCGGUCAAAAUGCAGCUCUAUUGUCGACUUCCGGGCUCCCUGCGUACCCUUGUGAUGUCGAAUCUGUCUUCAUGCCGCCCGCUGCAAACCAGAAUCUCGAUCGACCUUCGGAACAGAGUAAUCACCAGUCGGCUAGUUAUGCUCUUCCCACCACUACCAAUCUGGCCGCGACCACUUCGGGUGUUGCAAGCCCAUACUCGUCUCCGGAAAAGCCUGCAGGGGCCGGCCCUGGCAGCAGCAUAACUACCUCUCCCUCCAAUCACAAAAAGAAGGGGGGCGGUUGCUCGCCUCGUAAGAGGUUCAAGGAGCUGACCCCGGAGGAGCAGUUGAUGUGGAACAUGAGGCGGGCCAAAUGGACCCUCGAAGAGAUACAGUCAGCUCUUGCGCAGAGGAACCGACACUUUGACAUAAAAAGGAUUUCUGCCGAGAUUGAGCUAAUAAAGAAGAGCCAGAAGCGCCUUUUUCUCAACCAGCUAAGGUCGGGAGAGGAUGAUUGGCAUGAUGGCGAUGACCUUGUCCUUCUUGAUGCUAUUAAGAAAGUGAACACCAGUGGCGCCAAAAUCAAUUGGAUCAACGUUUCACAACAUGUCAAGGAGAUGAAGCCGGUGACGAACUAUUCCAACCAUGCGUGCCGCGACCGGUUCGAGGCUCUCAUGAGAGGCAACGCCAGCAUGCCUCUGGAGCUCCGUCCUAAUCUAUCGGAGAAGGAGCGGGCAGCUAUUGCAAGACGUCGUGCUGAGGAAGCGACCAUCCGCAGGUUCGAGGCUGCACGCAACAAGCUUCACACUGAGCCACUUGUCUCACCGUUCUGGGAUGAAUUUUUCUCUUGUUAA